AUGGUAAAAAACUUAUUCAUUUCGGUUAUUUCUCAAGAAGAAACCAAAGAAAACAGAGGGUCCGUUGAAUUUCAAAUAUUCAAUUUCACCAAUAAGAUACAGAGACUUACUUCCCAUUUAAAAUUGCACAAAAAAGACUAUUUAUCUCAGAAAGGUUUGCGUAAAAUUUUGGGAAAACGUCAACGGCUGCUAGCUUAUUUGUCAAAAAAAAAUAAAGUACGUUAUAAAGAAUUAAUUGAGAAAUUGGAUAUUCGAGAGACAAAAACUCAUUAA